ACUUCGAAGGGGAGGGAUAUGUCGGUGCCGAGUGCUCUUGUCACUAUUGUAAAUAGACAAUGUCACUAGGACUUGCCAUUAUCAAUAUGUAACACAAGGUAGGAUGUCGCUAGUGCUCCCCGGGUGAUGGUUAACCAGAGUGACUAUAAUCAAGGGGUUUGGGAAUGGGAUUGAACGUAAGUUUGAAUCAGGACUGAUGAUGCCAGUAGUGUGAAGUGGGCAACCAGUCGUUGCCAUCCCUGACCACAUAUUUUACACCUCUCUACUGUAAUUUACAUAGCAAGUCAGUGCCAGUGGAUUACCUCAAUGCUGUCUCCUAAAGCCGGCUGAUACAUAAGGUGAGGUCUCACGGGUUUACCUACCUACCUGGACCUAGCUGGGGUCAACGCCCCCGCGACCCGGUCCACGACCAGGCGUCCUGGUGGACCAGAGCCUGACCAACAAGGCUGUUACUGCUGGCAGCACGUAGUACAACGUACGACCCACAGCCCGGCUGGUCAGGUACCUGUGUGAGUCGACUUGUGAAGUGUGAUGUCUGCCGUGGAGCCUCCAGGAGCCACGGGAGAGGACGGAGGCAACAUACCCUUUAUUGACGACAGCGGCUCCUCGUGUGCCUCUUCCAUGAUGGGCGAGGAGGACGACACUGCCUCACUCAGUAGACUUCUCGAUGAUGCAGCCUCCAGGGAGUUCAGUAUCAAUGGCCUGCAUGAUGAUCUUGCCUCGCUCUCCUGUGGGUAUGCAUCUCUUGAUGCCCACAGUGAUGGCCAGAGCGACACCCAUAGUGAUGUCCAUAGUGACGUCCACAGUGACGUCCAAAGUGACGUUCAGAGUCGCAGCGAUGUAGGCAGUAGCGGAGAGUCGCAGGAAAAGUCUCGGACAGGUUCAGGCCGAUGGUCAUGGCAACAAUCAUCUCCAGGCUCACGAAGAACGUCAAAGUCAAGCAUAAAGUCGACGGAUAAUCUGUAUGAAGAACCUCCCGAUAAUGAAGACGAUGACCAGAAGCCCCAGCCAGCCCUCCCGCCUUCCUUGCCACCUUGUGAUACCUGUGAGGACCGCUCCUCUACUUCCUCAUCGUGUUUCACUGGCACUUCCUCCUCAGUUCUCUCCUGUACAACUUGCGCAGCAGAGUCUGAUGCUAAGCCUGAAGUAGAUCCUCAAAACAACCCUACAACAGCAGGAGAAGCACCACAGGAGAUCACUCAACCUGGUGGGCUACCACCUCUGGACGAAAAACCAAGUUUGCUUCCCAGUAAUUGUAAUACUCCGGAACCUACUGAUGGUGAGAAGCCUUUAAGUAAUGGUAGGAUGACGCCUCAUCGCCUCAGCCUCACAGUCAAGGAGGUGUGGAGCCCAGGCAGUGAAAUCCCUCUUCCACUGGUGACGUCAACUCCCCAGCCAGGUGGAAGUGGUGGUGUGGAGGCCAAGUAUGCCACACCACAUCACUACAUCUCCUCCAUGAGGGUGGCUUCCAUGAGAGGUGCAGCAGACAUGGGUGGUGCUCUUGUGGCACGCGUUGCCACCUUCCUCAGGACUCAGUACAAGAACCUUACCUCCAGUCCCCUUCAGUUGCCCUGGUGCCCAAACUUUAAAAUGGUAGUGAGUGAUUUUGAAACAAGUUUGGUGCAAGUUCCCAUAGCACCACACCUCAAGGUUCCUCCUGGCUUACUAAACAUACCAAACAUUCUGCAGCCUCAUCAGACAACUGUUGGAGAUCGCCCGAAACGCAUUUUGGUGGAAGGAGAACCAGGAUAUGGUAUUAGUACCUUAGCCCUUAAAAUGGCAUAUGACUGGGCUUUUGAUCCUACUGGAUCAUACCUCUCUUCCUACAGCUUGGUGUUUGUCCUGACGUUACGAGAUUUUAGAGGUGGUUGCUUAUUUUCCUACUUGUGUAAAGAAAUUCUCCCGAGGCAUAUAUUAAGUAAAGAAGCUAUGAAUACUCUCUGGAAUCAUAUGAAGAAAAUUGAGGAUAAGGUGCUGUUUUUGAUAGUUGGCUAUGAUGAACUGAGCGAAGAGGAGAGUGGGGAUAUUUCAGAGCUGGUUGAGGGACAGCUGUUUUCCAAUUCUACGUUUGUUAUCACCUCUCGUCGUGGGGCCUCCAAGCCUCUUCCGCCAGUACUGCAUAGACGACUUCUAAUAGCUGGCCUCUCUCCUGAUCAGACUCACCGCUUUAUUCUGCGGUACUUUGAGGCUAUAAAGAAACCUGGUAGUGGAAAUGAGGUGCUGUCUCUGAUAUCUGCUAGCCAUGAUAAAUACUGGGAACUGAUCACCUGUCCUGUGAUGUGCCUAGCAUUAGGAGUUCUCUAUGAAGACUUGGGGGGUAAGCUGCCUUCUAGAUUAACUGAUAUGUACAUGUCACUCGUCAAGUACAUGAUCAGAAAGAAUUUGAUCAACAGAGGCGAACCCAUGUGCUAUGAUGUAUUACCUGAUAAAUACAACAAGCUUUUAUCAGAUUUUGGAAAGAUGGCUUUGGAAGCUUUGAAGAUGAAUGUUUCUUACUUCACCGGACAAGACCUGAAGACAAAGUGUCAACAUGGAGGGGAGAUUAUUGACCUUGGCAUCUUGUUGAAAAUGCAGUCUAUGUCGAAGUUAACCAAAAAGGAUCACUACACUCCCGUUCAUAAAUCUUUCUUGGAGUUUUUAGGAGCUUUCUACCUGUCAGGGCUCAUUCACGACACUACGUUAUUGCAAGCGGAAAUUGACGUCAUUGCAGAGAAACUGGACAUCUCUCACCCAGUAUUGAGUCAAAAUUCUGGUCUAAUGGUGCUCAAGUACUUAGUAGGACUGUUGGGAAGAAAUGCUCACAUCAUCUUCAAUAUUGUGUCCCAGAUGGGAGUCCCACAAAGAAUACUUUUCCUGCUACUGAAGGAGAGUGGCAUGUACCAGAUGAACGUCCUGGAGGUUUGCAAGCACGUGUCAGGACGGGAGCACGUUGUAAUCCAGACCAAUUCAGAUGAACUAGAGGAUUGGGGUCGACUUUUAUAUUCACCAGACUGCAUGCUGGAAGGCGUUGAGGUUCUCUUGGACUUUGAUGGAAACUCCAAGGAUAAACAUGAGUCGUUCUUCACUUCCAUGUCGUUCAAUGAGAGCGUCAAGAGUGUGAAGCUCACGUGUGUGGUUGGCGGAGACUUUGGAGAGACAGAGGUGACAAGAUUAGUGUCGUAUGUCCGAGCUGUCUUGACAAAGCGCCGCUUGGAAUCCUUUGAAAUCCAGGUGACAUCCUUGGAAGAAUCAACUGCUGAAAUUUUAAGCCCCGUUGUGGAGAUGAUCUGUGAUACACUGCCAGACCUGGCACAAGCCCUCAACAAAUUAGUAGUGGCUCUGGAGUUAGAUGGAGAGCAGGUAAUGCAGCUAUGCCAAGUUUUACAAAUGGCGCCACAAGUACGUGUUCUCCACCUCCCUCAUCUGGCAUGUGGAUUGGAAGGACUCAAAGCUGUUGCCCAAUUAGUGGAAAAUAACCCUCUAGUUUCGCUCAAUCUUGCAGGAUCUCUCAGCUCUGGUACUCCAGUGGAUGAAAGAUCAACAGGUACUGGUGCUAGUACACCGUCACCUACUCGAGAAGACACUCCAGCUCCUCUCUCAUUUUGGAGCUUUACCGAUGCACAGGGCAACACACGCUCUGUUUUCAACUCUCUGCCACGAUCCUUCUACCAGUCACUUCCCAGACGGGGCAGACUGCAUUCCCUCUCUGCAGAAAAGAGAAAUUCUGAUACUACACUUCUCCAAAAGACAUCAUUCCCUCCGCCAGCUUGCAGUCCAUUAGUUCAUGCUAAUGGGUUUCAUGAAAUCUUCUCAGCAUUCCGUAACCCAGCUUCUAGAAUUUGUCAUUUAAAUAUAAGCAAGUGUACAAUGGGAGCCGAGGAUUUAGUAUGCCUAGGUGAAACUGUCCGAUUUACAAAGUGUCUUUCAUCUUUGAGGAUGGAAGGAUUGUCAAGAAUGGCAGAGAUUAUCCCAGUCCUUAUAGCACUCCAGGAGAAUACCAGUCUUCAGCUUCUUGAUCUAACAUCACCUCACAUCCUUUUGGGUGAUGCUGCUCUCCAGGUCACACUCAAUGCCCUUACCAAAAACAAAUCUCUAAGAUUUCUUGUACUAAAUGGAUGGACCAUUCAGGUGGAGAGUGAGCGAUCUCUGAGAGAGUUUAUUCAGUUCCUGACAGUGACCGAGCUUCAGCACCUGGACCUGGGAAGUUGCCAGGUGAUGGUCACUGUACAUGAUGGACCUUUGGCUCGUCUCUCAAGGCAGGAUGAUGUCAUAUCUGCUCUUCAGGAAGGGGUUCCACCGUUACAUAAUAAUACCUUGGCAUUUUUGAACUUGGAUAACUUUGAGGUUACCUUGAACAAUAAAGUUGUAUUGAGGGGACCACAACUGCUCUUCCUGCUGAGACAUUUUCCCAAGCUUGUUGAUGUGUCCUUGACAUCCAGUCUUGGAGCUGAUGUGAUUGAUGAUGCAACAACACACAGACUCUUCACACUCUUGUCAGGAUCAUAUCCAUUCCUGAGGAAACUCACACUUGGUGGUUGGGUGUUUUCUUUGGACACUUGUGAAAAGGUGAUGCGAGCUGGAGGUAAACAGCUUCGCGGUAGUCAGUUACGAGAAGUAUUCUUAAGUGGAGUGGAAGUGCGAGAGAGUAGUGGAAAACCUGGCAUGGAACACACCCUUCUACAAGCUCUCACCACUAACCUCCACCACCUCUCUCUCCUUUCUCUUGCUGGCCUUAAACUCACCCCAGCUCAGGCUGCUUUGUUUGGUAAGACACUUCGUGACAAAUUGGCAUCAUCAUCACUAGAGCUGGAGACGCGUGGUCUUGGGUAUUCAUCGAUCAAGGCUUUGAGACAAGCGCUCACAGAUGGUGGCAGAUAUGAAUUUGAGUUCCUUGGUGGGCCGUCAGUUAUGUACAAACUUAAAAAGGUAGAUAGAAGAGAAAAAUUAAUUGGCAAAUGGGCCUGCAUAUCUACGACUGGAUAGAUUAAGUGAACUGUAAAAAUAUAUUAUGAUGAGAAAAUUUUUAUGCAUUUGAAAAAAAAUUAUAUAAUUUUACACAAAUACUAUUUAUGAAGGAUCAAGUUAUUUAGCAUGAGAUGAUGGAUACAUUACUGCAUGUUUGAGGUUUUAUUGCAAAGACCAAAGUGUUGUUUAUAUAUCUAGAUAUACAGUAUUUCCUUUUAUGGUAAAAAUUUUAUACUUUUACCUAAAGUUGUCAUAUAGUGACUGACUGUUAUUACUUUCAACCAUUUUAAUCCUGAAACAACCAUGUGGUUUUGAAAAAUAAUUGUAGUGUAAAAUUUUCAGUAUUGAAAAAUUUUGUGCUCUGCAAAUUUAAAA